AGAAUUAAUGACCAUAUAUUCAUAACAGAGGAGGCAGCGGAGAGAUCGGGACACCAGUAUAAGAAAUCCAGACAUGGGAGUGUGUACCUCCAGCACUGCACAAUGUCGGCCCCGUCAGUCCCCUAUUAAUAUUCAGACUAAUAGAGCCAAGUAUGAUUCUUCUUUGAAGCCCCUGUUCAUCCAGUACGAUCCAAAUACUUCCAAAAGAAUCAUUAAUGUCGGGCAUUGCUUCAAUGUGGAGUUUGAUGACUCAAGUGAUCGGUCAGUACUGAGUGAAGGGCCACUGACUAGCUAUUAUCGCUUGCGGCAAUUCCAUUUUCACUGGGGAUCAUCAGAUAGAGAUGGAUCUGAGCACGUAAUAAAUGGCCAAACGUAUCCUGCUGAGUUGCAUAUCGUUCAUUGGAAUUCACAAAGAUAUUCAUCCUUUGAAGAAGCCACUAAACACUCAGACGGUUUGGCUGUAAUAGGAGUGCUAUUAAAGAUUGGAGAACCAAAUCCUGUACUACAAAAUAUAACUGAUAACCUGGACAAAGUAAAAACAAAGAAUAAAGAAUCCUCAUUUGAAAAAUUUAAUCUGUCAGAUUUGCUACCUAAGGAGAGAACCUACUGGACAUACCUUGGAUCUCUAACAACAAGUCCAUACUCAGAAUGUGUGACCUGGGAUCCUCCAGGAGGCGAUCACCGUCAGUUCAGAGCAGCUUCAGCGCUUCCGAGGUUUGCAGUGCACAUCAGAGAAUGAGGAUGAAGAAUUUAUACUAGAGAACCACAGACCUCUCCAGCCUAUUGAAAAUAGAUUGAUCAAAUCCUCAUGCAAACAUAUGAAUCAUAAACCUUAAAUCUAC